UCUUUAUGCUAAUAUGUUUCAUUAUUUCAGACCCUGCUUCUCCUCACCCAUUUCUACCUAUCUUUGUUCUGACUAGUGGACUUUUAAACAGCAGGUUUCUUUUUAAAAAUGUGUUUGUUGGGCAAAUGGUCUUUUUGCACAAGUUAAUAAGGACAGGUAAAACUGAAAGGGAUUGCAUGCAGGAAAAGGGAACAGAACCCCAGAGAGCUGCAUCAUUGACUGUUGUCUUCUCAUAUGGUGUCAUGAUGAGGUGGUUUUAAAUAUUUUACUAUUAGAGCAAAAAAAUGUAGUCUGGGUUUGAAGUGUCUGUGUGUUGUGGAUCUGGAAUUAAAGCAGUUCUAGUGUGGUCCAGAUGCAUAAAAAGUGGUGGAAUUUAACCUUUAUUGAAGUUUCACAAAUCAAAUAAAGGUUUCACAAAUCCCAAACAUGGGUUUAGAUAUGCUGUCAUUAGUUAGGAAUAAACUUGUCGAGGUUUGAAGAGUCUUGGUGUUGCAGUUUUUUAGUAGACUAGAUUAACGAUGCUGAAUGUAGUGAAAUAUUAGUUGGAAUUGCCCUUUAAGCAUUUCCCAAAUCAGAAUCUGCAAUCAGAAACCAAUUUCACCAUUGCGAAGCCCGUGGCGUCAGUGAAGCUGGAAGCUGCUGCUACUAAGGUGUAGCAUAUCCAUUUUGUUGUUUUUCUAAAUAAAAUCCUUAAUAUUCAAUCUGACAGAGUAGCUGUAGCAUAUGUCACCAAAGCUAGAAGCUGCCGUUAUAAAGCUGCCGGCAGCUGUGAAAGGUUGUGGCAUGUCGUAAAAACUGUGGCAGGUCCACUGGCAGGUCAUGGCAAGUAGCGGCAGGUGUCACCGGAGGUGCCACUUCACUCCCACUGCCACGAUUUAGCUUGCUGUCUCUCGAAAAAGCAGGUACCAGGCUGGAAAAAAGAUUUGGUGCAACACAACAAUUUGUCAAAUUGCUAUGUUCUCAUGGUUCGGGUCUAAACUCCAUGCAUGUUAUGAACCCACAUUCGAGCUCUGUAUCCUUUGAAUUUUAACUACUUCAACAUGCUACUACGAGCUGCACAGUUCUGGACGUUUCUUCCCUAUCAGGUGGUCUCCACCCUCUGUGUUCAUUCUGGAUGUUUACUCCGUGUUGCAGAGGGCUGGUUUUCUGUGACACCAGAGAAGAUUGCUGAGCACAUUGCCCUCAGGGUGGAACAGAGCUUUGCUGACUCCCAGGUGGUGAUCGAUGCUUUCUGUGGUGUGGGAGGAAAUGCCAUUCAGUUUGCACUCACUGGAAAGAGAGUCUUGGCAAUUGAUAUAGAUGCAGAGCGACUGGCCAUGGCUCGGCACAAUUCUGUGGUCUACAACGUUGUUGACCGAAUUGACUUCCUUCAAGGAGACUUCCUUCAGUUGGCGCCCACUCUGCGUGGUGACGUAGUCUUCCUGUCCCCACCAUGGGGCGGACCGGACUAUUUGAAUUCGGAUGUGUUUGACAUUCAGACCAUGAUGAAACCUGAUGGCUUCAGGAUCUUCAGCCAAGCCAAACGGAUAACAGAAAAUAUUGUGUAUUUCCUGCCUCGUAAUGCAGAUAUGAAUCAGGUCGCCUCUUUGGCAGGUCCAGGAGGGAAAGUCGAAGUGGAGCAGAACUUCCUUAACAACAAGCUUAAGACUGUAACUGCUUAUUUUGGCAACCUGAUAAACCCAGAUGCCUAGCAUUUGCCGCUUAGGAUUUAGUUUUUACGUCUUGUUUUAAAUUUUCUCUGCAGAAAUCCUGGAAGUCAAGUGAAAGCUUGUUUUAUAUGUGCAUUUUAUCCUUUUUUGUACUUCUAAACCCAAUUAAAGGUUUUAUAUUAAGUUUCUUUUUGUAAUAAAUUAUUUUUUGAAUUGCAUGUAAUUGUGUAGAAAAUGUUUAGGACAAAUUUGUAUAAAAAACAUGAAGUAUGUCUUUUAUAGGUUGUAAAUGCAAGACUUUAAACAUUCCAACAGUUUAAUUAAACUUAUCUGUACACU